GAGAAAAUGACAGGAAAAACUGAAGCAAGUGGUAACGUGGUCGCACCAACCGUGCAGCAGAUAAUUUCAGAUAGAAUUACAGAGCUUGCAGAGAAAUAUUGGGCACCACAUUCACAAGAAAAGCACCUAGAAUUCGAUCCUGAUGUCAUUGAAGAUAUUUACAUGCAUGAUAUUCGUGGCAGCAACUUCUCUGUUCGGAGAACCAUGAUACUGGAAUUCAGUCAGUAUUUAGAAAACUUCCUUUGGCCCAACUAUAACUCCAGUUCUUCCUAUGCUCAUAUGAUGUCAAUCAUAAUAAUGGUUAAUGAAAAAUUCAGAGAAAGAGUACAAGUAUGGCAAGCAUUCCGUAAAGUUCCUGAUCAUUUUCCAGAUUUCUUCCAACAAGUAUUGAGAGCUUGUCUUGAAGAUGAGCUUUUGGUGAACAUAAGAGAACAAACAGCACUUUUGGUCUUUCUCAACCACUGUUUUAGUAGUAUGGAGGAAGCUCUAUGCCGUGAUCAGGUUAAAAGAUUAGUUUCUCUAUCCAUGUGGGUAUCUUUACAACCUGCCAGGAGAGAAUAUGAGUUCAAAUUGAAUCCAAAAUGGAAAAAAUACUGGAGAGCUAUACAGAGGAAAGAUAAACCAGAUCAAUUGGAGAAACUGACAUGGGAAAGAACCUUUUUACAUAGGCUUAUGUUGAAAUUCAUGGAUAUUUUGGAUUCAAUUACUGAAGAUGGCAUUUGCCCUAGUGACAAAGUUCAUUAUUGUGAGAGAUUCCUUGAAUUGAUGAUAGAUCUAGAGGCUCUUUUACCUACAAGAAGAUUUUUCAACACUGUGCUAGAUGACUGUCAUUUGGUAGUACGUUGCCAACUUUCUGCAUUGGUCAAAAGAACAGAAGGGCAUCUAUUCAGUCAGCUUCUAGAAAUGCUGAAAUUCUAUACUAGAUUUGAGAUCAGUGAUGAAUCAGGAGACCCAUUGACAGAUCAUGAUAUGACCCAAUUGCAUUAUUCUAAAAUCACAAGCUUACAGAAAGCAGCAUUUAAAAACUUUCCAGAUUUGAGGAAUUUUGCACUUAGUAAUGUUGCAAAUGUUGAUACAAGAAAAAGUCUUACCAAACACUUUGCUGCUCUUGGUCAGGAAAAUUUGAGACAAAUAGCCACUUAUUUAAAUCUAGUUCCUACUCCAGAACAGGAAGAAGAAUACAAAUGGUGUAGAAUGGAUGAGAUAUUUCUGAGAGAAUUAUUGAUAUCAAGGCAUGAGAAAAGAGUUUCCCAAUUGGAAGCUCUCAAUGAAAUGCCUUUGUACCCUACUGAAGACAUCAUCUGGGAUGAAAAUAUUGUUCCAACUGCCUACUUUUCCGGAGAAGGAUGCUUGGCACUUCCCAAGCUCAAUUUACAAUUUUUGACCUUACAUGACUAUCUUCUGAGAAAUUUCAACCUAUUCAGGUUGGAGUCCACAUAUGAGAUAAGGCAAGAUAUUGAAGAUUCUGUCAGUAGACUUUGCCCUUGGAAAGCUGAGAAUGAUAGCAUUUAUUGGGGUGGGUGGGCGAGAAUGGCACAGGUUAUUAUCAAUUUCGCCGUGGUCGAAGUGGCCAAGCCGAACAUCGGCGAAAACAGACCCAGCAAAGUUCGAGCUGACGUAACUGUCAAUUUGGCUGUCAGACCUGAAAUUAAGGCAGAAUGGGAGAAUUUGAGGAAACAUGACGUAUGUUUUUUGGUUACUGUCAAGCCACCAAACCCAAUAGGUACAAAAUACAACUAUAAGGACCCUUUCAUACCUCAAGUAGGCCUCCAGUGCAUCAGAGGCUGUGAGGUGGAGGGUAUGUUGGACAGUAAUGGUAGGGUGAUCGAGGAUGGACCUGAACCGAGACCUGUUCUACCGGGUGACCAAAGAACAUAUCGAGUGUGGCUAGAUUGCAACCAAUAUCGGAACGACAUGAAUAACACCAAUCAAGGAAAAGAAGAUGUUUAUGAAGGAUUCAAUAUUCUCAUGAGGCGAAAACCGAAAGAGAACAACUUCAAGGCGGUUCUGGAAACCAUCAGAGAACUGAUGAAUACAGAAUGUGUCGUGCCGGAAUGGCUGCAUGAUAUCAUCCUAGGCUAUGGCGAUCCUAGUGCAGCUAACUACAAGAAGAUGCCCAAUCAAAUAUCUUCUAUGGAUUUCAACGAUACCUUCAUCAAUAUGGACCACUUGAGAUCUUGCUUUCCAGAAUAUGAAUUUCAGGUAAAGACUGAUGACCCUAAGAAAUUGGUGAGACCAUUCAGGUUGACAUUUGAGGAUCUAGGAAAGGAAGAGAAGGAAGAAGAAAAGAAGGCGAUCAUUAUUGAACCACAUGUAAUACCAAGGAGGGGUCCUUAUACAUUCAAUGAACCCAAGAAAAACAUGAUCCAUUUUACUCCGACCCAAGUGGAAGCCAUAAAAUCUGGCAUGCAGCCUGGUUUAACCUUAGUCGUCGGUCCUCCGGGUACGGGUAAAACGGACGUUGCCGUCCAAAUCAUCUCUAAUCUGUACCACAACUUUCCCAACCAGCGAACUAUCAUUGUCACACAUUCCAAUCAGGCGCUAAAUCAGCUUUUCGAUAAAAUUGUCGCUUUGGACAUUGACGAGCGCCAUUUACUCCGUUUGGGACAUGGUGAGGAAGCAUUGGAAACAGAAAAAGACUUCAGUAGGUAUGGUAGGGUGAAUUAUGUAUUAGCUAAGCGAUUGGACCUUCUGUUGGAAGUGGAAAGACUUCAAAAGUCUAUGAAAGUGGAGGGAGACGUGGCUUACACCUGUGAAACGGCUGGUCACUUCUAUUUGUACCAGAUUUUAUCCAGAUGGGAACAUUUCCUCAGUAUUGUCAAACCGAAAUAUGAAAAGGAAGUGCCAGUCGGCACCGUAUCCAAAGAAUUCCCGUUCACCAAAUUCUUCGAUAACGCGCCGAAACCCUUGUUCAAGGGCCAGUCUUACGCAGAAGACCUCGAGAUAGCCGAAAGUUGCUUCAGGUACAUCCAGCACAUUUUCAACGAGCUGGAAGAAUUCAGGGCUUUUGAGCUCCUGAGGUCAGGUUUAGACAGGUCGAAGUACCUGUUGGUGAAAGAGGCGAAAAUCAUUGCGAUGACGUGUACUCACGCCGCUUUGAAAAGGAAGGAAUUGGUAGAGAUAGGCUUUAAGUAUGAUAACAUAUUGAUGGAAGAAUCGGCUCAGAUAUUGGAAAUCGAAACUUUCAUCCCGCUCCUGCUCCAGAAUCCGCAAGACGGUUUCAACAGGUUGAAGAGGUGGAUAAUGAUCGGGGAUCACCAUCAGCUACCCCCCGUCAUCAAAAACAUGGCUUUCCAAAAGUAUUCCAACAUGGAGCAGAGUCUGUUCACUCGAUUAGUGAGGUUAGGAGUGCCUACCGUCGACCUCGACGGGCAAGGUCGUGCCAGACCAAGCAUAUGCAAUUUGUAUAAGUGGAGAUACAAGAAUCUGGGAAACUUGAAACACGUAGAAAACUGGAUGGAAUACAAACUUGCAAAUCCAGGAUUAGCUUAUGAUUUUCAGUUGAUAGACGUGCAAGAUUUCAAUGGUAUUGGCGAAUCUGAACCCAACCCUUAUUUUUACCAGAAUCUGGCCGAAGCUGAAUAUUGUGUAGCUCUGUUCAUGUAUAUGAGACUGAUCGGGUAUCCAGCAAGCAAAAUCACGAUUCUCACCACUUAUAACGGACAAAAACAUUUGAUUCGUGACGUCAUCAACACUAGAUGCGCCGAUAAUCCUAUCAUCGGCCGACCCCAUAAGGUAACUACUGUUGACAAAUACCAAGGUCAGCAGAACGAUUACAUAUUACUGUCCCUUGUCAGAACAAGAGCAGUAGGUCACUUGAGGGAUGUCCGGCGUCUUGUAGUCGCCAUGUCACGUGCUAGAUUAGGGCUCUACAUUUUUGCCAGAGUGUCUUUGUUCAAGAAUUGCUUUGAGUUGACACCAGCAUUUGAACAGCUUACAGCAAGACCCACCAAGCUGCACUUGGUCUUGAAUGAAUUAUAUCCUACAAGGAGGUUCAACAAUCAGAGACCUUCUGCUAAACCAAUGGUUGUACAGGAUAUGACCCAUUUGGCAAAUUAUGUGUAUGAGUUUUAUGUACAGAGGGCGAAACAACUCAAGCAAUUUUAUAAUGCUGACAACAAGUGGAAAAAACCGGGCGAUGUUGAUAUUCAUUCACACGAAGGAUUUGUUUCGUCUCAUCCUGGGGAAGACAGAGAUUCAGACAGUGAUGAUGAAGAUUCUGGUAAACAGUUGCCGGUUCCUAUUCAAGAAGAACCUUUAGAUGAUCAACCUGUAGAAGUUGUUCAGAGACCGGAACAGAUGAUGGAUACGUCAGAAUCAACAGAAGUUCAACAAGUGUUAGAAUCAACAGAAGUUCAGCAAGUGUUAGAAUCAACAGAAGUUCAGCAAGUGUUAGAAUCAACAGAGGUUCAACAACUUUUGGUGCCAACAGAAGUUCAACAAGUCCCAGACCCAAAUGAAGGCAGUUCUAUGGACGUUAGUGAUCAUGAAGCUUGUGAUGAAGAAAUGGGAGAACAGGAACAAGAAAUUGACACUGGAGAAGCUGAAAAUGAUGAAUAAUUGUAAUCUAUAAAAAAUAAAUAUUUUUUAUGAAAC